AAUUUGCACAAGUACUGUCAUUAACGUCAAUUUGUUAUCAGAGCGGUAAACAUAAAAUCAGCUGUUUUUAUUUUUAUUCCGAUUUUGGAAGUUGUACCUACUGAGCAGUUAUGUAGUUUUUACACUCUUUUCUAGAUCAAAAGUCGCAAUUUAAAGGUAACAAUGGCAAUGAAAAAUGAGAAACUGGGCCGUUUGCUGCUGUAUUGCUGUCGGGUUAGAUUCAGGAAAUAUCCAUCGUUCUACUUUCCGGUUUAUUGCUUCCUCCAAUCGCUACAAAAACUGAGCCAGGAGAUUCGCUUACGAAGUGCCACUUUCCGGGUGGUUCCGGUGCCAAACCUUCUUUUCGAGCAGUAUCAGCAAGCCCAACUUGUACACUCGGAACAUACGUUGUUCGUUUGCCGGACAGUUUUCAACCAGUAUGUUGUGGAACGGGAAAUCAACUGGAUAAAUUUGGUGAUACGGGCAAGCUACGAUGGAGGACGGAAGAAUGAGGAUGGCGAGCAGCUGGUUUCUAUUAUUCUGAAUCGACAGAAUGUGUCUGUGCUGUUCCAGAUAUGCCCCCUGGAAGGUAUAGCUCCGAAUGUGAUUCUAGUGAAGGAGAACCUAUUGCACGGAUUGGUAGACCGGUACAAACUGGGGGAGAAAGGAUUCUGCGGAAAGAUGAUGCGGGUAUCCGAGCAACAGAAUUUGCCGUUGGUAGCGACGAAAGCGAACAUUUUCUUAUUCAAUACGCCUUAUGAUUUAUCUUCAGAUGUAGUGGACUUCAUCAUGAGUAGAUACUUUGAAACACCCCGGCUGUUGUACAGAAAUUCAAUUUAUCAGAUAACGUUGAAUGAAAAGUUUUUGGGAAAUACUUUUUACACAAAAAAUUUCGCCACUUUUGCACAUUUGAGAUCUCUGUAUUUCAAAUGUCUGAACCUUGAAUCGGCGGAAAAUAGUUUUGAGCUGCAUGGAAUUGUGUGUAAAAAUCUGACUAAUCUGCAUCAGACAACGACUUAUAAUAACUUUGUUCCUCCACAAAGAUUAGACGAUUUGUCGUAUGUUCCAGUGUGUCCAUUUGGAUUACAGAAGUAUCGUGAUGAGUUGAGCACUUCCUUGACAGCUUACCUUAAACAGGACAAUAACUCGCUUAUUGAAAAUCAAAUUUAUCCCAUCUUUAUGCUACAAGGUGAACGUGGCAUAGGCAAAUCGACAGUGCUUAGAUCAGUUGCACAAUCGCUAGGCAUCCAGAUUUUCCAUGGCGACUGCAGCGAUAUUAUGACCUCAAUUUCUUCACAAACUGAGACGAAGCUUAUUUCUGCACUCAACAAAUCCAAGAUUUGCGAGCCUCUGAUAAUCGCUUUACACAAUUUUGAAAUAUUCGGCAUAGACAACGAAGGUCAUGAAGAUCUACGGAUUUUGACAACAUUUCAAGCCGAGUUACAUUCACUUUUUAGCAGAAAGUAUUCCCAUCCGGUAAUAGUUAUUGCCUUGUCCAACGAAAAAGAUUCAUUCAAGCCAAAACUGACGAGUAUGUUCCUCGAUGUGAUUAAAUUUCUUCCUCCAUCAACAACCGAAAGGCUUCAGCUUCUUAGGUGGAUAUCUGCCAAGGAGGCCGCUCGUAUCACAUCAACUCAGCUAGCAAAAAUUGCCGAACAAACGCAGGGAUUUAUCUUCGGUGAUCUCAAACUACUCUAUUCGAAAGCUUUGCAAGCAUCCUCGGAAAGCAAUAAACUCAAUAUCGUUCAUUUUGAGAAAAGUUUGGAAGAAAUGCAGUCAUCGUUCUCAGACAGUUUGGGUGCCCCAAAGGUACCCAAAGUUCUCUGGUCCGAAAUUGGAGGUUUGGCUAAACUGAAAACGGAAAUCCAGAACAGUAUAGGACUCCCACUGCGACAUAAGAAACUGAUGGGGAAAAAUAUGCGACGAUCGGGUAUUCUUUUGUAUGGCCCUCCGGGUACGGGUAAAACGCUUAUUGCCAAGGCCGUUGCCACGGAAUGCAACCUGAGUUUUCUGUCGGUGCAGGGACCGGAACUGCUGAAUAUGUACGUCGGCCAAAGCGAGCAGAAUGUACGUGAAGUCUUCGCGCGAGCGCGAUCGGCCGCACCUUGUGUCCUCUUUUUGGAUGAACUGGACUCGUUAGCACCUAAUCGAGGAGUUUCCGGCGACUCUGGUGGUGUGAUGGAUCGAGUCGUUUCACAGAUGCUGAGCGAAAUGGAUGGCAUCUCGAAAGGCUCCGAUCACAGCCAGCAAAUAUUCAUUCUGGCUGCAACGAACCGACCGGAUUUGAUUGAUCCGGCCUUGUUGCGACCAGGUCGGUUUGACAAGCUACUCUAUGUAGGGCCCAGCACCUCGGUGGAGGACAAGGAAAGUGUACUGCAAGCAAUAACAAGCAAAUUCUAUCUGGCCAAGGGACUCACGCUGCGGAAGAUUGCUGAAGGCCUCAAGCAGGAUAUGACUGGAGCGGAUUUGUACUCGAUAUGCUCGAACGCAUGGCUGAGCGCUGUACGGAAAGCAAUCAAAGCGGUCAAAGAACCGAUCGGUGAAGAUGUGCUCAACCCGGAUGAUGUUGUGGUACACGAAAGUGACUUUAAAACGGCCAUUAAGAAAUUUAUCCCUUCAAUCAGUCCUACGGAUAUGGAGUAUUUUAACCAGUUAAGGAAUAACUUUAGCGCUUAGUUGUUGGUUGGUAGGAUAUUUUUUUCUUUUAAUUCGGGUAUGAUUGUUGAUGGCGUGGAAUAUAUAUUUUAUAGAUCGUU